AUGGACCCCCAGAUGGCGCUACCCCGGGCGCUCCUGCUUCUCCUGCUCUUGCACCUCUCACCGCUAGGAGGUCUUUCCCACCCUGUGGGUGGUCCAGGCCCUACCAUGGAACUGUCCACAGUACAGGACGAGGUUUCAGAGCAGCAGGAGGAGCAGAUGGCCCCAAAGCUCCACCAGCAGGACAGUGGUUCUGUAGAAGACUGGGAGGCCAAACAGGCAAAUUCCACUGGCAGCCUUGGGUCCAGUGACUUCCAGACCCAGCAGAGACAACAAGGCAGCAAGACGAUGCCUGCCUCCAGCUGCUUUGGGCGGAAGAUGGAUCGCAUCAACACCGCCAGUCGCCUGGGCUGCAAUGGUGACGAAGAAGACCCCUCCCAGAACAUCCACUCCCCAAACCCAGCCAGCACUUCAGAAUUCUUCCAGGAGAGCCUGCUCUUCCACAAAUAG